AUGUUGGUAGAGAUGAAAAACUUCAUUCCUUCUUCAUAUACUUUUGAAACAGAAAUACAAAGAAUAAAGCAAGAACUUUUAACAAGUAAUUUAGACUGUAGUGCGAAAGAUGAAACAAAUGGAGAGGAGCUAUAUGAAAUGCAAGAUAUCAUAGACCAUUUGCCUAAAUUACCGGAAGUUCAGCAACAAAAACUAACUAUUCCUGAAUUCGAUGAAAUUGAAGUUAAAGUUACUGAUUCAGUAGAAAUAAAGAAGUUCAUACGUAAAGUAAAUUAUGAAUUCCUUGGUUUUCAUUGCAACCAUAAAGUUAUGAACAAAGAUUGCGACAUGGUUUAUAAAAACAUUUCUGACAUAUAUAAAUCUGAGGAGUUUAAGACAUACGACAACUUUGUUUCAUUAGCUGCUGAAUGUGUGUGGCAGAUAAGAGAUAAAGACAGAAGAGGCAAAGUAUGGAAUGGACAAAUAAAACCAACAACUUUUGAGUUAAAGAAAACCAUUGACGCCUUAGUUGUUCUAGCAGGUCAAAUUUCAAUGUAUAACGCAAAAAUGAAUCCGCAAUGUUCAAAAUGUAAAGCAACAAUGAGGAAAUAUAACUACUCAGUAAAAGAGAUAGAAAGAAUGAGAAACGAUUACGCAGACUUAAAGAAAGAAGCAGAAAAGCCAGCAGAAGAUAAAAUGGACAUGUUGACAUUUCUUAAUAAAAACUAUCCCACAGCUGACGAUUUCCUAUUAUCUGACGUCAAGAAGAAGUAUAAAGAAACUUCCGGCAUUGUUAAAACUUUUGACAUACUGACAGAAGAAAUAGAAGCUACGAAAUUGUUUAGAAUCUCACGAAUUCAUAACGUUUACCAUGUAAAACGGUUAUAA